UUAGACUGCAGCAUUUGAAGAAUGGUGCCGGAUAGCAUAAAAUGUUUUCCUAUCUUUCACUGAUUCCACUGGCGCAUUAAUGGGCAUCACCAAUAAAUACAAGUGUGCCUCUGUUUUAUCUCCCAACUUGGACAUUUAACCAAAAGCAAGAAAGCUACAGUAAUUACUACAAGUCAGCUGUAAUGGAAGGCAAACAAAAAGAAGCGGAGUGUCCUGCAGAUGUCAACAAAGGGGUUUCUGAGCUGUGUCUUGGCAUCCAGUGCAGGAGGGAAAAUGAAGAAGCAGCUACAGCUUCACUUGCAGCAGAGGAAGAAGGGAUGAAAAACAGCAUUUCUGUUCCAGACAAUUGCAACAGUCCAACCUCCAGCUCUUCAAUGACAACUAGAGAACUUCAGGAAUACUGGAGAAAUGUUAAAUGUUCAAAAAAGCCAGUCAAACUCCUCUUUGAAAUCCCAUCUGCUAGGAUUGUAGAAGAUCCUGAUGUAAAAUAUGUGAAAUACAAAGUUGUGGUUAUAAAGUCGGGCAGCUAUGAUGGCAUCAAAUCAUGUGUUGAACGUCGUUAUUCUGAUUUUGAACGACUCCAUAAAGGUCUUCUGAAGGACUUCAAAGAGGAAAUGGAAGAUGUAAUCUUUCCCAGAAAGAGGGUGAUAGGGAAUUUCUCAGUUGAGAUGAUCAAUGGGCGGAGAGCAGCAUUCAUGGAUUACCUAGAGAUUUUGCAUUCAAUCAAGUACAUACGCAGGUCCAACAAAUUUAUUGACUUCUUUAUUGUGCCAGAGCUAGAAGAAGCAUAUAACUGCCUAAGAGGAGGGAGCUACACAGAAGCAUUAGAAAUAUUGCUAGAGGUACUUGUUCUGCAAGAAAAAUUAACUCAGCACAACCCCAUGUUAUUGGCCCCCACUCUAUGUGCUAUUGUCGUUUGUUAUAAGGACCUGGGUGACCUAAACAGUGCAUACGAAUAUAGUGAAAGAGCUUUACUUCAUCUUCAUGGCCGCCGUGGAUACAAGUAUUAUAUCCCUUUGCUGGACACAAUGAUCACACUGGCUUAUGAUCUGGGUAAGGACAUCACUCCGCUGAGAGAGAAAGAAGCAGACAGGCCAGAGAAAGCGGUUCCAACAUUGAAGGAACUAGUUGUUCAAGAACAUGUAGACAGCUUAUAGUAAACAUGGUGGUAACUCAUACGAUGACACAUGAUGGAAGUUCUUGAUUUUGAAGUAUUCUAGUGUAUGUUAAGAAGUUCAUGAUGGGAUACAUUUCAAAACUUACCUCUCAAAUGCCAGUCAUAUAUAACAAAACUGGGGUGAUUUCGUGGCAUUGUUGCAGAUAAUAAUCUAUUGCAAUGACAAGGAAUUUUCAAAGCAGUAUAUUUUGACUUCUGCUAAGGAAGCCAAUGCACACCAUUUCAAUUCUCGAAUCAUUUUUUUUCUACUAAUCACUUUGCUUCAAGUCUAAGUAAUUGAUGAAAUGGUCUUCAUACAGAAGACCAGGAAAUAAUGCUUUUCUGUCAUGCUAACAGACAAAUGUUUUCUAGGCUUUCUGUUCUUCAGUGUUUGAUCUUUAAGUCAACAAUGUGGCAUAAGUUUGCAUACAGAGACUGUGAGUAGAGAGACACUCAAGCAGACUUGUGUUGUUUACAAGACAUAUAUUUUCAAAACCUUUUAGCAAAAGUAAAAACAAGUUAACUUGUUUUUGUUUACAAAGUAAGCCUCACUAUUAUGAAAGUGCCUAUUUUGUGGAGUGACCCUGUAUUUUAUUCUAAUUUAAUGACUUUCAAAAUUGCAUAUUAUACAAACUAAGAUUGUAUGAACCAAACUCAAGAUAUGCAGAAGGUAUUUCAUUUACCAUUUAGCUGGACUGCUGAGGUACUCUGGCAUUCAGUACUUCAUGGACUGUUGCACAUCACUGGACAACAGGAGCACACAGUCGGUGUGUAUAAUUUGUAAUGUUGAGUAAAGAAACUCCAAGAAUAGGUGCUGACUAGCACAACGUUUUAAAUAUCAGUAUUGAAGUCCAAUAUAUUCAAAAUGUUUGACGUGCAUUUAAAAUGAUGCACAUGUUUCUGCUUUACUGCAGGUUUUAAAAAUAUAUUUUAAAAACUGAAGCCAUUAUGCUGUCAGUGUGUAAAAUCUGGUUGUGGAUUUUCUGCCCAACUUCCUGUAAAUUACAUCAUUGUAGUUGAAAGGCUGCAUGCAUGCCAAGCAGAAUUCAUCUAGAGCUAACUAUUUGAUAUAUACACAUCUAUGUAUUGUGUGCAUGUAUGUGUGUGAGUGUGUAUGCAUGUAUCUACAUUAUGGUAUCUCUAUUAGGCAAUAGAGGUACUUUGUCCAUAAAUACAUUUUUGUAUUAAAGGAUAGAUAAAAGGCCAGAUUUCAGAAAACUUCCUCUCAGUUUAAGUGACUUAGUCUGGUACAAGUCUGCCCCAAUUCUGAAAGACAUGUUUUUGGUGUAAGUGACUUACUUCAGUGGAAGGCCUAGCUAUAAAUAGGCCAACACUGAUGGCCAUAGUCCACAAGACUUUCUAUCAGAGAAUGUCAGUUCAGUAGUACAAAGUGUUCUUUAGGAUUAGAAAAAAAUAAAAUAAAAUGCAAAUUUUGAAGUCUCUCCUACCAGAUUAGGCAUUGUCCCAAAAAUAAUUUCAGGCAGUUUCUUUCCGGAUGGAUUCUCAGCUGAAUGUCUCCAGACCAUCUCAUGCUCCUCCAGCUCAUGUCUUUACUUCCAGGGCAUACUUUUUAGAACUGAUGUUGCAGUCAGAAUCUCCCCCUGCACUGAGAUGACAGCUUCUGUGAUCUCUGAGGCAAUAGACCUCUAUUUUAUACAAUUGUCUAACAAGGCAAUAGCUAAUCAGAACUGUGUGACCUCAACCAAAUACAGAGACGUUUUCUGAACAACAUCUGCUUGGUUAUUUACAAGAUAUAAUUUCUAACACAUUGUGCCCCAGUACUAUUACACAACAAUUUUGACACACUUUAGGGAGAGACCUGCAUAUUGGAAGGUAAACACCAGCAAUAUAAAUGAGCUCUAGACUGUAAACUUUACAAAAUGAAAUGUAUUGAUACAAUUCAUUUAAAAAAAUAUUUACAAUCCCUUACUGGUGAAAAUACCAUUUUUGACUAUCUCAUUCCUUUAGCAAACAAAACUAGGACAGUGCCUUUAUUGAAGUUAAAGUACCUUUUCAUGACAGCCCACAGGGUUGGGGGGUAUACAGACUUGUCCGUUUUUUAGUCACAGAAUCCAAGUUAACAUAGCCAUAUAGCUGACUUGUCUGCCUCUCUUUCUGGUUACAGUUCCCCGGGAUGAUGUGCAGUUAUACACACAAAUUCUCUUUCUCUUCCUCAGGAUUUGUCCACAGAAUCCUCAAGGUUGCAUAUCCUUGCCUGCAUCCUCUUUAGUAGGAGUGUCUGAAGUAUUUUUACUGAAGAGCAGUAGCUAACUGCCAUUAUGGAGUUAAUACAGUUUUUCUUAUUCAACCUUAAAAUCAGAUGUCACCCUUUUUCUCUUAAAGGGAAUCCUGUGCAAGUGUCUUCCUGUGUAUUUAUUUCCCACUUGUACUACAUUUACCAGUAGGGGAGCUUUUACUUAACAAAUGCAAGAUCUCUCUGUCUACACACAGAAUUAAUCACAAACGUAUAUACACGCACACACACACACACACACACACACACACACACACACACACACACACACACACACACGGGUGCCAUAGGUUUGGUGGGUCAUGGAUUAAUCGUAUACACUGCUUUUGGUAGUUUUCAUCUGUGGUUAUUAAAGUGGGCAAAUGACAUUACAGUAUAGCUGCAUACGUUUGACUGUCAUAUACUUUUGGAGUGGUCCUCUUUCCUUCCAGUUGUGCAACUGUGGUGUUAGUAUGUUUCAUUUCAUGGGGUAUGAGGUCACUGCCUCCAUUUCGAGGGGUGUGGUGGUGAAGCCCCCAAUAUAAAAGCAAACUCAGUAGUUGUAUUAGGUGAUUGCAAAUAUGUUUGUUUGUAUUUGUGAUCACUUCAUUUCAAUUUUUUAUAGAUGAUAGUGAUCACCAGUGAACAAUAUAUUUAUUGUUGAUCAAAGUUCAUAGUUUAUUGGUGGUCUAAAAAAAUGCAGUCUUAUAUUUACAGCCAUCCUGCUAAGGUUUAAAUUAUUAUCAAACUGAAUAUAAAGUUGAACAGUUUUAAAAAAGAAAUGUCUAAUUAAACAGAAUGUCUUCCCUUUUAUCUUUAUUUAUUUUCUGCUUUACUAUAUAUUGUUAAUGUAUAUCAUUGCUCCUAGAGUUUUAUACAUUGAUUGCCCUAGUUACUAGCAUAUUAGUUGGGUACAAACCACCUAAUGACUUUUGGGCUUUUGUAGAGCCUUCCGUUUCUCUCUAGUUUGUACAAUAAUUAAAAUGUGACUAACUGCAUCUAGCAGUGCCAAGAACAGGGGUAUAGAAAUAGCAAAAUAUACUAAACUAACCUGGCGGACAGUGGAUGAUCAGGGAUGAGGUUGCUGCAGUAGCUUGGGAUUCUUUUAUACCCAGGCAUUUGACAAUAACUAUUGUAAUGCCAGGGUAGCUGUAUGUAGUUGGGAGAGAAGUUCCUCUGCUGAACUUGUGAAAGAAUGAGCUCUUUUGCAAUUUGACUUCCAAGAUAUCCUUGGUGGAAAUUUGCAAGACGGUAGCUGGCCUUGUCUUCAGUAGAAUUUUCUUAUGAAUUGCACAGCAUAUCUACACAAUGGGAAUGCUCUGCUGCUUGCACAAGCAAAGCAAAAUUACAUAUAUUACUUCUACAGACCAUAUUUAUAGACAAAUGUAGAUCAUCAUGAAAUGAAUUAUUUACAGUUCUGUUUAUACAUAGACGUUUUCAGCUCAAAAGAGAUGCUGUAUGCAAUAUAUUUGUAAAUCUCUCUUCCCAGUUCAUUUUUACCUUUACAGUUUUGCUUUAGAUAUUAAAACACACUAACGCAGCAUGCUUGAGACCUCCACGGUUAUUCUUCUCUUUAUUUUUCAUUUCGUACUUGUAAUUCAGCCCAAUGCCACAUGAUUGAACUUGGGCAGUAGCACAUUUAACCACUGACUCAUAUCAACAUUCACAGUUAUGGUCUGCUGUGAGUAUCAGAUGCUCAUCUACAUGUAAUCAGAAACCAGUUACUCAGAUUCUAACUGCCCAAACGCAGCUGGUAUAAUUAGGCCGUAGUUAGUAACUUUGAUUUGUAUGCACUGCAGAAUCUGUUAAUGUGAAGCUACAGUGCCCUUUCCUGGAGAGUCUCUUCUCCUGUUACAUGACUGUGGAGUUAGUAUAUAUGUUGGGGGGUAUGGGGACUUGCCCAUCACAUGAGAGUGAAAGCCCCCCCAACACACACAGACAUUUCCUUUCAUCUGUGUGGUGGUCUGUGUUUGUGAGCAGUUCUGAUAGAGGAAUUUCUUUUGACAAUCAUAUGCCGAUCAUUCAUAAGGGAAGCAUAUAUUAUAUGCACAUCAGCUCAUUUUUGAUGUGUGGUGAAGUCAUGGAUAUGACUCAUGAACUGAAAUGCACUCUUUAGAGGACCCAGUAUGUUGGUAGCUUGGGCAAAUGUACAGCAUACUGAGAACAAUGUGCUCAGCAAUACACUGCACAUUUCAACAGCACACCGCACUCUUAGUCAUAUACGGACUGUAUAGUUUACCUAGAUUAUAAAUAGGUAAAAUGUUUCUGCCUGAUAAGAUAAAUUAUAAAUAGCUAGUACAGGACACUGGCACAGGUGGUGUUAUUGGCAUGAGAUCAGCAGGGAAUUAAAGAUUUAAAUCAUAUGGAUUAGGGAUAUUUGGUGAAUACUUGGGUACUACAAAUGGGGAGGUAGUGCAAGAGAGUAACAAACCUAAACACCCAAGCGCACACACACACACACACACACACACACACACACACACACACACACACACACACGUAUAAACAAAUAAAAAACGCUCACUCACAGCUGCUUGUGUGUGUGUUUGUGUGUGUGUGUGUGUGUGUGUGUGUGUGUGUGUGUGUGUGUGUGUGUGUGUGUGUGUGCGUUUACAGAAUGACUGGACUAGAUUCUCAAAAACUGUAAAUAUCCUACAAGUGUGGUGCAUCUAUAUUAGAGUUCAGUAUACUAGGUAACGGUACUCCUUAUUUAUGACACAUACUGCACACCAUUAAAAAGGUAACGCUACCCCUUAUAUAUGACACAUACUGCACACCAUUAAAAAGGUAACGGUACUCCUUAUAUAUGACACAUACUGCACACCAUUAAAAAGGUAACGCUACCCCUUAUAUAUGACACAUACUGCACACCAUUAAAAAGGUAACGGUACUCCUUAUAUAUGACACAUACUGCACACCAUUAAAAAGACUCACUGGAAAAAAGGCUUUCAUUAUAGGGCCAAACAAUACCUGACUGACACAACAAGAAAGGCUCAAGCCUUAGCCUAAGUAUUUCCAUCCCUCUUAUAUGCCUCACCCUUUUUAACAAACUUAAACACUGCACUUAAAUCCAAGCUAGAUUCUUGCUAUAACAAGAUUGCUAAAUUUGCUCUCAUGUCAUACACAGAACCCAGCACUGCCAUGCCUUAAAAUAGCUUAAAUGGCUUGUGCUAGACAACUACUUAACAUAUUUACAGCUAGUUACUGUACAUAAAAUGUAUGUGCUAUCCUGAAAAAUGCCAGCACUACAAAAUAUCCUACUGCGAUACUCCUCUACAAGGUAUCUCAGUUCUGGUGAAACUAUCCUGUUAAUGAUAAGUAAGUUAAACAACUCAGCAGGGGACUCACUGUACCUAUUUUGUCUUCAAGCUCUAAAAUGCCAUUCCUGCAACUCUCAAGUGUUAAAAUACUGCUUAAACAAUACCUUAAUCAUUCCUGGUCAUGCUCAUCAGCAGGUUAAGUCCUUCAUCUUAAGCACAUAUCUCUCAUAACUUGUCUUUGAUCAUUUUCUCUUAGCUGUAAUAUCUACAACUGUGGCCAUUGUAGCAGUUUGUAAACAUGUAAUGUGCAUAGCUGUGGAGUAGACCUGCAGUUACUGAGAUGCUGUCACAUGUAUAUGUGAAACAUGAUUCAUGAAGUUUUCUGCUUCACUGCAAAUGCACAUGAGCCAGUACUCCUUUCCGUCUCAUUAUGGAUGGGGAAGCUGUCAUCAGAGGAAGAUCCUCAUCUAGUAUUGGAGGAAUGACUGGCUACUGUGGUAACACUGACUAAAAUGCUAGAGUGUGCAACAGUGUUUGUGUGCACUUUGGCACUUUGUAUGCAGAUAUUGUUUCUUGCUGCAACAGGGUAAUUUAAGGUAUUCGGACUCAUAUCUGUCUCAUUACUUUGCUGAGCACCUUGUAUAUGUAACAUAUUGUUGUGAUAUCUAGCUUUGCGCCUCUUCUUCUUUAUCUUCUUUAAUAGUGUAAUUUUGUAUAGAGCUGUGGUGUGGAAUUUCAGGCUUUAGGCCUUGUCAGUGCAGAAUGGCGUUAUGCAUCUCACCCUGCUUUGUCUUUUGUCCUCCAUGCCUGUCUGUACGAUUGUUGCACAGGAACCCUCAAUGACUACAUCAGUGCACCCCCCCCCCCCCCCAUAUAAACCACUCUUCUGAAAGCCUAUUUUUUCCCUUGGGAUGUGAUGGUUUAUGUUACUAUUCAUCAAAUUUUGCUACAAAAUGGAUGCAUUUGUUUAAUGUACCACUGCACUUUUCCACCAAAUUUCAAAGACUAUUAUAUGUUUGAUUCUAAUGCAAGUAUUUCCUCAGUGCUCUAUGUAUGUAGUCAAAGUAUUUCUUCAAAGUUCUACCAUUUUAUUGCUUGAUCAAGAUUUAUCAUUCUGCAUAGAGUUAGUUUCCAGCCAGUUCUAAUGCCACAGAGCCUGUGGUUGUCUCCUACAUGUGAUUUAAUUAGUUUUGCUAAUUUACACUUUGAUCUGCAUGGACUUUGUGGAGCUGGAGAAUUGCAGUGCUGUUUACUAAGUGCUACUGUCUUAUGUACAGAUUUCUGCAUAAUGGAAAUAUUUCAUAAUUUGAUGUGUUUUAUAUGCUGCCACAAAUAGUGCUUAGAGCAAUUGUUAUAAACUCUAAAUGAAAUAUUGUUCUUUCAUCAAACAAUGGGCAAUGCACAGACAUGACACAUAAUCAGUAUUGUUUUAUUGUUGUGAAGUGUUUAUCUAGAGCAAAGAGAGACUUGCAAGCUUAUUCAGUGAGUGAAUUACUAGAAUGCAGUUACUGAAGUGUGUCUGUGUGUGUGUGUGUGUGUGUGUGUGUGUGUGUGUGUGUGUG